AUGUCUGUGCGAUCGUGGCCAACAGCACUUGAUAGGGAACCAACUGAGGAUAACCCAGCCAGGUCCGAGCCUGGACAAGGAUGCCUUGAAGGAACAUGGAGAGACGUUCGGUUAGAAAAAGAAGAAAUGGAAAAGGAGAAGAUAAAUGCUUUGUUUAAGACUCGUAUACACUUAAUGAACACCCUCACAGAGACGAAAGGAUGGAUACAGGAGGCAAUUUAUGCUGGUGAACCAGUGGAUAAUAUCAAGGCAAAGAAAGAGCAUUAUGAUGAAUGUUGGAGAGAAUUUGUCAGCAAACACGAACAAUACAUGGAGUUACUCGUGAGCAAAGAGGAAAAGGAUAUUGCAAGUCGAAGUUAUAAAGAACUGAUGACCAAAAAAAUGCAUUUGGAUGAAAUGGUGAUGUCUUUACGAAGGAGACUAAUGCUAGCGUCAAAACAAAAGGGAGAAGAUGCUAGUUCAUUCUCGGGAAAAUCAAGGCGAACUUUGGCAAGUAAGUCAAGUCACAGUUCAAAAUUUUCAACUGUGUCAAAAAGGAAAGAACAGUUAGCGCUCGCUCAGUUGAAGAGAAGCCAACUACUGAAACAGCACGAACUCGAACGAAGAAUGACAGAGUUGAAUUUCGAGAAAGAAUAUAUGGAAGCCCGAAUGGAAGAGGAACGAGCAAUCGUAAGUUUGAAUGUUUAUGAGAAAGAAUCAGAUAACAAUUCUGAGCAUGAAAAUGUUAACAAAAACACACUCUCAAUGAAUCAACAAGGGCAAGGACUAUCACCCCUUUCACAACCAUAUGUACCACAAGAGCAAAUAGUACAAGGGACUAAUAUAUCUUCACCCCAAGUUUCUAAGGUAUAUUCACCCGAAAGGCAUGCUGAACAGUACAAUGUGCCAUUGCAACUGACACAGACAUACCCUCAACAAGAACAACCGGUACAGUCAAUUAAUAUCCCUUCACGACAAGUUUCUGAGACAUAUUCACCCAAAAGGCAAGUCGAGCAGUGUAAUAUGCCAUUGCAACCCACCCAGACGUAUAUUCAGCACGAACAACCCCUACAGUCACCUAAUAUACCUUUAUCGCAGAUUCCUAGGACAUAUUUACCCGAAGGGAAGGUCCAGCAACCCGCAGUUAAAGAGAUAG